GCCGAACCGAGAUCGACACAUCGGUCAACUGUUCGCACUUGUACUAAGCAGCACUUCUACCUGACUCGAUGACUGCGUUUGAUCACGUCGCAGGCCUUUGGAAUGCUUUGUAGGAAGUCGCUGUGCUUCAGGCUGAAUCCACCACGUGUUGCUCAACGGCGGGAGUAUUGGUAUCGGGCGGUCAACCAUCAACGCCUCUUCGGAUCAUGGAACACACUGCGGACGGUGAUGAGGAGUCCGAUGUUCUAUGCUCACAUCGCGGGCGUCGGGACGCUGGUCGGGAUGGUCUACUGCUACAAUCUCGAGCGAACACCCAUCUCCGGACGUGUGAGAUUCAACAUCAUGGGGGAGUCAAUGACGCAGCAACUCGGCAAGAAGUACUACGAGCGUGAGAUGGAACGAUAUAACGACACUAUCUUGCCACCGACGAGCACCGAGCAUUCCUUGGUGCAACGCAUCUUUGAACGCAUCGUGGCAUCACCAGGCCUGGCUGCAGACACGUGGAAGCUCUACGUGAUCAACGAUCCAGUGCGACAGGCCUUUGUCCUGCCGGGUGGCGAGGUAUUUGUGCAUACGGGGCUGCUCAACUUUUGUGAGUCGGAGGAUGAGAUUGCCGUGGUGCUUGGCCACGAAAUCAUGCACAGGCUGAUGCAGCAUACGUCGGAAACGUUGUCUCGCGUCUUGCCGAUCAUCUUCGUCGAUUACCUCUUCUCUCUAGCCAGCGGAAUCGACCAAGACCUCGUCGGCCUGGCGACCGACGUGAUGUUUCUUCUCCCGCGAUCCCGGGCCCAGGAGACGGAGGCCGAUUACUUCGGCGUGCAACUGGCAGCAAAGUCGGGCUAUGACCCUUCCGCUGCUCUGUCCAUGUGGUCGCGGUGGGAGGCACUGGAGGAAGAGGUCGUGCCGGUAUAUCUACACACCCAUCCUCCCCACCACCAGCGCCUUGUCUCCUUCCAUUCCUGGCUGUCGGAGGCGAAAAGAACGCGACUGCAAGGGAGAUCUCAAGUAUUCGAGAAUGCGUUUGCACUCCAGCGCUGCUUUUGUGCUUUGGACAGGCAUCCAUGACGUUGAUCAAGAUGCGAGCACCCAGAGCGGCUUGGUUCAGAGGACUCCUGGUCGUGCUCCGACCACGGCUUAUGUAAGCCAAUCCGCGAUGCGUGUGGGGA